UACUCACAUUACUCAGACAAUAUGGAACAUCCAGCAUAUUCAUUAGCAGGCUUAUGUGCCAUUGGAGGCUUUAUGGGAUAUUCCAGAAAGGGAUCGGUUCCCUCGUUGGUGGCAGGUACUGCCUUCACCAUCUUAUACGGGACUGCUGGGUACCUCUUGAAGCAGAAUGCCGAUUGGGGAUUGGAAAUCGCCUUAGGAUCCAGUUCCGUCUUAUUAUUGGCUGGGAUUAGCAGGUCUAUUAGCUCGGGGUUCAAGAAGCCUGUGCCAUUGUUGUUGUUGGGAUUGGGAGCUUUAUCCUCUGCCUAUUACUUAAAGAAGUAUGAUCAGUUCUAUCCUUUGUUUCUGUAAAAACAUAAAUAUAUGUCCAUUU